GAUAAACUCAUCCUCAUUCGAUAUUCUGAAUAAACACAUUUUACCAUUGACCAAAUGUAUGUUUUCACUGAAUAUUGAAUAUGGUUGCAUAUCAUGGCUCAAUGUGAGCGAUCAAAGUUUAUGUGAGGUUGAAUACAUUUUGACAUGUCAUUUGGUGCUGAAGUUUGCCCUCACUUUUCAACAGAUUUGAAAUGCGCUCUUUUGCAAAGAAGUAUUCGCAGUUGAAUAUUUAAAUAGCAUGUCAGAUUAUCUUAUUAAACAGAUAAUUUAAUUGAGCUAGACAAUGUUCGGAGUUUGUACACUGUCUGCAGAAAAUCGUGUAGUCCGGUUUCAUAGUACUUGAUACAAGUCAGUAUGUUAUACUAUCAAUCUCGAAGAAACCACUAAUCCUCGUGUAAUUCAAACUCAUAUCAGUCAAUUUCGCAGUAUGAAAAUUUGCUGCUACGUUACAGUAAACACAACUGACAUCGUGUAGGACAGAGAUGUUCAUAUUUGUUGAUCUAAGCACAAUUGUUGAUGUCCUGUUUGUCUAGGAAUUAAAUACUGAUGGAAUUCCAUCAAUCAGCUAUUCUACCUUUACUACUUAUCAGUAACUAGUUAUUAUGAAAUAAUGAUUCGCUUGUACUUGUUCACUGCUUGAUUUUCAAUUUCAAAUACAAUACUUCCGUUCGUGCUGAUCUACCUGUUCUUAGUUUUGUUGCAUUAUUCCUGGGAUUCCUAGUUUGUACCACGAUUGAAAUACUCCCAAUCAUCACAUUUGCGUCCCAAUGGAGCCUGUGAUAGAACGGUUGAACAUACACUCAGAUUUGAUGCUUUUGCGAAUUACAUGGAAAGGUUGGAAAUCUGGAUUAUAAACAAGGACGUAGUUGAGGAUAUCAAUAUGGUGGCUCAUUUCCUUUCAUUCAUCCGAAAAGAAGCACGCAGCUAAAUGAAGACAUUUGCAUCUGCUGACAAGCCGAUUUCUCUUCGUUAUGCAACUCUGAAGCAACUGCUACUGGACCAUAUAUAUUAUACAAAUUUCGAGGCCGUUAAAAGCGGAAAUGUUCCUGAAAUGAUUCGUCAGAACAUCAGGAGUCCCACAACAUCACGCCGUCACAGUGCAGUGCGUAAUCGAGCUUAUUUAGAUAACAGAUCAUUGAGUUGUGAGACAGUUCACAAAGAUAAGCGCAUGUUUGGUAAAUGUUUGUUCUGUGGCAUGUUUCACUCACAUCAUUCAUGUGAGAUUGGACACAUUCAGUUAGUUUGUAGUACUGCUGUUCAUUUUUCUGCAACUUACGCUAAAUUCUUUAAGUGUGAUCCUACUUAGUUGUGAAUUUCUUAUGAUAGUUUAUCUUUGUACAUGAUUUCGUAAAGCAAUAUACAGUCAUAUGGCGAUCCAGACUUAAAUGAGACUCUGAAUGAUUAUGAGACAAAAGUUUCUAAUCAAUCAACUUCUUAUCGAAUUUCUCAUGUUAUCGCACCAGAUUCAAUUUGUCCCGAUGAUUCACAUAUUUCUGAUAAAACCUCUUAGAACAGCAAUCCAAUCACUCUUGAUGGCGAAACUCUGGGAAGCAUCAUCGAUGAACAAGGAGGUUCAGAUGCAGACGUAAAGGCAAGGAUUGGCAAAGCAAAUUCCGCAUUCCUACAAUUGAAGAACAUAUGGAACUCAAAACAACUUUCAACCAAUAUCAAAGUGAGAAUCUUCAAUACGAACGUCAAGGCAGUUCUACUGUACGGAGCUAAGACUUGGAGAACUACAACAACCACCAUCAAGAAGGUACAAGUAUUUAUAGAUAGCUGUCAACGCAAGAUACUCAACAUCCAUUGGCCGGAUACCAUCAGCAACAACCUUCUGUGGGAGAGAACAAACCAACUUCCAGCUGUAGAAGAAAUUAUGAAAAGACGAUGGAAAUGGAUAGGACAUACAUUACGCAAAUCGUCAAACUGUAUCUCGAAACAAGCCCUAAAUUGGAAUCCUGAAGGGAAGCGGAAAAGAGAUAGGCCAAAGAACACAUUACGUCGGAUAAUAG